GGCCUUUGAACCCAUUGUUGUGUCGCGGCUGACGUCAGUGCUGUGUGCGAGAGACAGGCAGAGCGGCGUGCGCCUGGCGAGACAAAGACGGCGGACCAGGGAACAGCCAGGAGAGAGGUUAGAUCCAGAUACACAUUUUGGGAGGUAUCUGCAUGGAAAUGUAAUCAAAGAGUACCAACCGAUAAAAAGAUUGAUGGGCCGCUAAACAACCUCGGCAUUCGUCUGGAAUAGGAUCUUAUCAACACCCUGCCCCUUCUCGUUCGUUUUUAAACAUUUUCUCCAACGCCCCCAAUUUAGCGAGCUAGCUUGAUUCUAGCUAGCCUUAGCGCACUGGUCGCCACUCAUAAUUCCUUCAAGAAUCAAAAGAGAGGAACUCAAUAAAACCGGGAGAUUGGCCUAAAGAAGAAAGCGCGUUGCACCCACAUAGGCGACCCAAGAUCUGAUGUUCAUCCCUGGGGACUAUGCCUAGCCCCUUAUUCCACCCCGAGAUUAUGGACCACGACAUGGUAGUGAGCAGCCAGCACAACGGUGUCAGCCUGCCCCGAGAGACGGACCAGGAGUCCCGGGACGAGGACCAUCAUGCGCUCCGUUUCGCACUGGAUCAGCUGUCACUUAUGGCUCUGGAUAAAGUGGACUGUGGGGGCGGAGGUGGAGGACUCGUUGAUCCGCUCGACGGGAACCAAGGACCGGGCUCCGAAAACUGUAACGGCGGUUAUGUCGACCUGCAGAUGCUGGAGCACCAAGGCGGUUCCAGGGACUCCCCAACGUCCUGCUCCCCGUCUCCAGAAUACUAUGGAUCGGGCGGGUACCACAUGGCUGGUCCGCAUACUCACUCAAUGCUCGGAGAACAAAGCUCCGUUCUCUGUAAUCGAAAGAGGAGUGUCAACAUGACCGAAUGCGUACCUGUGCCCAGCUCUGAACAUGUUGCGGAAAUAGUGGGAAGACAAGGCUGUAAGAUCAAGGCUCUGCGUGCAAAGACCAACACCUACAUUAAGACCCCGGUCAGGGGCGAGGAGCCCGUGUUCAUUGUUACAGGACGCAGGGAGGAUGUAGAGAUGGCCAAGCGGGAGAUUGUCUCGGCUGCAGAGCACUUCUCCAUGAUCCGGGCAUCCCGCUGCAAGGCUGGGGCUGCCGGCACGGGGGGGCCCGGGGCAGGAGGGGCCCUACCUGGACCACCACACCUGCCUGGACAGACCACCAUACAGGUCCGGGUGCCGUACCGUGUUGUGGGGCUCGUGGUGGGGCCCAAGGGGGCCACCAUCAAGCGCAUCCAACAGCAGACUCACACCUACAUCGUGACACCCAGCCGGGAGAAGGACCCCGUGUUCGAGGUGACUGGCAUGCCUGAGAAUGUGGACCGGGCCCGAGAGGAGAUUGAGACGCACAUCACCCUGCGUACCGGGGCCUUUGUGGACCUCCAGGGAGACAACGACUUCCACACCAAUGGCACUGACGUGAGCCUGGAGGGCCUCGGCUCGCUGGCUGGGGGGCUGGGCGCCGCCCUUUGGUCUCGGGCCAACAAUCACCACCCUGUUCCCCCGCCCCCUCCGCCACCACCGCCGCCACCUCUCCCCAUGACCAUGCACCACUCUUCCGGGAGGAAACUGUCCUCUGCCUCCUAUCGCCAACACAAUGGGGGCCUGGGGUCUGAGAGCUACUGUGCCCCUCGGAGGGCCACGGAGGGAGGCAGCCCCACCAGCCCCUUCAGCACAGGCUCCAGCAGCGCCGGUGGCGGAGGAGGGUUCACCUUUGGCAGCGACUCCGCCCCUGUCCUACCCACCGAGGAGCUGGGCUUCAGUGCCGCCAACAUCUGGGCCCCCUUCAUCAACGGAGGGGGGAAACCCCCUGGCUCUUCUCAGCAGCAGCCUCUCCGCCGGAACAGCAGCGGUCUGAGCGGCGGCGUCAUCACCCCGCGCAUGUCCCCAACCCUGCCCUCCGAAGGCUUGGUGGGACCCCUGGAUCAUCCGCUAGCCCGUCGGGCUCAGAGCGACCCGCUGAGCACCCUCUCGUGGCUACAGUCGGGUGGCGCUGGUGCCGGGUCCUUCUCUGGGGCGUCUAGUUCCAGCUCCGGGGGCUCAUCCACCGGCUACUCCUCCUGUUCGGCCUCGUCCCUGCCCGGAGGCUCGCCUACUGACUCCGAGGGCGGGGGCAGCGGUGUGGGCCUGGGCUCCAGCAUGCUGGGCCGGCUGAAGGCUGCCGCCGGCUCUGGUGGUCUGGUUGGGGUAGGGCCGGGGGGCGUGAGCAGAGACUGCUUUGUGUGUUUCGAGAGCGAGGUGACCGCGGCUUUGGUGCCCUGUGGCCACAACCUGUUCUGCAUGGACUGUGCCGGGCAGAUCUGCCAGUCCGCUGAGCCGGAGUGCCCUGUCUGCCACACCGCAGCCACACAGUGCAUCCGCAUCUUUUCCUAAUGCCCCCCCCCCCCCCCACGACCCAAGACCAGGCAGACAGGAGGGCCUGGGGGCGUCGUCUUCAUAAAACACUUUACUGUCAGAGCAUCAACUGUAGGGGGACGGACACCAACUGCCUUCUCCAUACGGGGUGGACCAUGUUGAUUACAAUAUUAGAAAUAUGACACUAUACGGAUGUUGAUUUAAUGAUAGUUGCUAUGACAAAAUAUGAAUAAUAAUAAUAAUGGCUAUUAUUUCCAGACUGAUUUUGAUUUGAUUCUGCAGACUGCAUAAGCAGUAGGGUUGGGAUCACGACGAAGUUUCACCAUAGACUUGUGGGGAUGAACCCAGUGUCUUAUCUUUGUUCAGGCCUUGGUUCUGACCUAGUUCAGCCUCUAGGAUGCCAGCCUGUCUCUCUUUUCAUUUUCUUGCUUCUUCAAAUAUUUCUGCCUGCUUCUCUCACAAGCCUUUUUCUUUUGACACUUUUGUACUUAAUAACAGAUAUUUUUAGACGGAGCUGCCUAGGCCAGCACUUUUCUACUCUUGUUUUGUUUUCCAUGUUUUUUGACAGGUUAUUAGUUAUUCUGGUCUUCUUUCCUGUCUUAUCUUUGGCUGUGGAUUAUGAUACGACUUUGUCGAUAUCUUCAGACCUAAAUACCUGGAGUUUUCCAAAGCUUGUGUGUGCGCGGAUCACGUUCUGCACAUGUUUUUUUCUCUACGUACAAUGUCUGCUGUAGCCUAUCCCUAGGGAACAGAAUACAGAUCACAUAAUGAUCAGUGUUUUCAAUAGGCUUAACUGAACCUAAGUCCUACCCGUGCAGCAUCAUUCUGCCAAGAUAGUUUUGGAAUAAUGGGAAAAUGCAUUGAGAUCAUCUUUAGUUAAGUGUUGUUUAAAAGUAGCCUACACGGUUGUUUGAAAUGAUCUGAAAUUAAUGAAAAUGAUGUCAGAUGAUGUACGAAUUGGCAUAGCCUACCUGUGUAGUUGGUCCUGUGGCUUGCACUGUUGAACAUGAUCUGCAUAUGUACAAGCUUUAGGGAGCUCCUGAAAACGUUUAAUCCACAGCAACUUAGCUUUUCUUUGCUUUUUUCCCCCUCUAUCUCUCUCACUGUAGUGUAGUGAUGUUAACGAAAGGCUUUGAUAUUGUGGUACUGAGCCUGGAACUGACUUUUAAACAGGCACAGAAACGGACACCUAUCAGACCAAAACAAGCCUGAGUGACCUCUCUUAGAUGUUAUGAAUGGAAACUGAAACACUUACUUAAGAUAUUUAUACAGUUCAAAAACUGAUAUCCAAUGUCGUGGUUUUAACGACGGUAUAGGAAUAAUAGAAUAGUGUUUAGUUAUUUAAGGAAUAUCUGAACUGAUCUGAGGUCAGUUACUCAGUCCCCAUUGGUCUGUUUUUCUCUGAACUCAUCUCCCAUUUUGCUUUACCCCAAAUUUCUCCUUCCAUAAUUCCUGUCCAGAGUUGGGCUUUUUCUCUUGUUUCUGGUUAGGAGCUGAGCCUUGUAUUAUAAUAUACUGUCUAAUUCAAUGUCCAAGUCUCAGCUGACACUUGAAUGUGUCAUUGAAACAAACUUGUCUGGUUUGGGCCCAUUUCCUCCUCUCUUUCCCCUAUAGAGCUCAGGUGUAGACACCUUGACAUUAUAACCUUGUCCACUCAGAUCCUGUUGCUGUUACAGUUGGCGUUUGAGAGCUAAUUUAUUUUUUCAAUCUUUGUUGUUUUUUUUUACUGUAAAGUAUGUGGCCCAGGUUACCCUUGACCCCUCCCCCUCUCUCUGAACCUCAUUAUCGUCCAACAGGAUACAACAGGUCUUGGUGAUGUCACACAGAGAAAUGUCUCGUCCAAUAGGGGUUUUAGUUGAGAGGAGGUGGCCUGCCCUCAGUAUUAGGGGCAUCAGAAUGAGCUAUUUUCGUGCACUGCAAACCUUGAGCGACACAUUGUAAUGUUAUUAGACCCCUCCCCGAAUCUCCUUGGGGUCCUCAAUUGGGUGAUUUUUGGUCUUUUGCACCCCACCUCAACUCCCCAGCAAUGCUCUUUGUCUCCCACUCCCAUAUGCUUCACCUGGUCCCAGUGGCAGAGUCAUCCUGCGAGAUGUAUCUUCCUGUAUGUAUGUUGACAUCGCCCGCCCCUCUCUGUUCUGAAGUAUGACGUGGACCUGCUCUUUUAGUGUGACUGUACACGGUUGUUAUUUGUAGCCCUUUGAACGUACAUGCGGAUCUACUCAUAAAAUGAGACAAGCCAUGAUAACCAAACAAAAUCAACAAAAAAAUGAAAUAAAAAAGGGCUUCCUACGACUGCACACUUUACAUUUUCAGGUGUUAACCUUCUCACCUGUCACAACAGCGAGAAUAAUCAACGUAUCCAAUAUGGCAGCUAGUAGCUAGUUCAUCCAGGGCUUCCAGACACUCUGUGUUAAAAUCCCAACAGCUCUAGAAUGUUGCUUGUUCUUUUCUGUCUCCAUCUAUAGAACACUUGUGAACCCAAGGUUCAGUCCUCAGUCAUGUCAAUGGCCUGUCAUUGGAUCAACAGAAUGCUCUGUUACUUUAUUUGACAUGUAGCCUCCCUACCUGCACACUAUCCGUUGAUCUUGUCUUGAGGUCACUAACUACCCAGGGAGGAGCAAUGGAUGAGUUUAAAGACAAUUAACAAACACGUUGCAUUGCUACAGAGCUCAAGUACAAUUGCUCGCUCAAGAGUCCCACUAGGCUGCUUUUUAAAUUGUUUGUGUCUCUUUAAGAUGCCUGACUAUAUAAUAGCAAGUCCAGUGAAUGGGGCCGUAGCUUCACGUCUGUAUUCUAAUAAAUGCCCCUUAGUUUAGCUACACAGCAAUUUUCCCAAUUGAAAAGACCCACCUCCACGUCCACUGAUUUGGACUGGAGCCAGUAGCUGAGUGACUGAGUCACAUUUCACUGAAGACUAAUGGUGCUUUGGUGCAACACGCUACUGACACACUGUUAUUAGACAAUAGGAAUAGCCAUGUACGGCAGCACAGGGACACAGCGUCCCUUUCUGCUCCUCCUUAAGGAGGAGUUAACUAUUACUGGCAACCCCAAUUCUGCCCUCUCUCCCCCUGAACAGGGGAGUGUUCUGUGUGAACGGGCAGCCUGUCCCUCGUGGGUCAUCCACAGAGUCCCGUCGGGUGCAGAGAAGGAUUUGACUGCGUCUUGAACAGAAACUACGACUGUCGUGGUUGAUUUUAGUGGUAAAGAAGGCCAAUCUUAAUGGCCCCUUUUCAGAACUGCCCAUGACAUCUCAGUCACUAAAAUGUCAAGAAUUGAAUUUUCCAGGUGGUUCUGGUGUAGAAUCUUUUCGGGUUAUUGCACCAGGAGACCUCUCGCAUAUCGGCCAGUGUGUUAUGGUCAUGUACAGUAGCAUUAACAGUUAAA